AACUGUUGCUUUGUUUAUAUUAUUAUUCAAUACAAAAUAGAAGGAAAUUUGAAUUUUUUUUAUAUAUCCAAACGCGCAGCUGCAGCAUAUAACUGCACUGCGCGUUGCAGAGAGAUUACAGUUGCAAGUGACGACACGUGAUCUCGAUUAUUGAUCCACAAACCUCGACAUUCUUCCUCCCUCUGUAUAAAUAAGAGAAGACAACAGCGGGCAAUCAAAUUUGCCGAAACGUUGUUAAGUGAAAAUGCAUCGCUGUAUAUUACCUUCUAUGCUAGGGAGUAAUUGGUGGAGUGUACUAGAUUGUCCGCCUCGAUUAUUCGAACAGAAUUUCGGUUUAGGAUUAUCAGACGAUGAUUUUCUUCCUCCGAGAAUGUAUAGAGGAUACAUUAUCAGGCCGAGACGUCAAUCCAGUCAUCAGGAUUCCAGCACGGGAGUAUCGGAAGUUAUUAACAAUAGCGACGAAUUCCGGGUGAUGACUGACGUCAGCCACUUUGAUCCCGAAGAAAUUUCGGUUAAAACUAUAGACAAUUACGUAGUCGUUCACGGAAAACACGAAGAAAAGAUGGACCAACACGGCUUCGUCUCUAGAGAAUUCACACGAAGAUACAUCUUGCCCAAAGAGGUUGAUCCCGAAUGCGUGACUUCGUCUCUGAGUUCGGAGGGUGUGCUGACUGUGCAAGCUCCCAAAAAGUCUCAAGAGUUGCCUAGCAACGAGAGAGUGGUUCCUAUAACUGUACAACAACGUCCCUCUGUUGAUGAGACAGAAGAGUAGACUAUAUUCUAGUAAAAUUUAUUUGUAACUUUAUUUAUUUAAAUAAUUGAGUCGCUAUUUGUCCUAUAAUUUAUAUAUUUAGCUUAACUUUAAAAGCUCAUUAUUUUCAUUAAAGUUUAAAAAAGAUAUUUAGUUUUUUUGUGCCAGGUCGAUAUCUAAAAAUUGCACUUAUCCACGUAUGCAAGUUCUGUAUUCAUCUGUAAUUUGGCAUGCAGUGUCUAUAUUAUAUAUUUUACUUCGUAAAAAAGUAAUAAAUUGAUUUAAAAAUUAUAUUUUCUAGAAUUACCAGCAUAUAUUGGUUUUGAACACAAUUCAAUGCUAAGUAAUAAUAAUAAGUUACUGUACUUGAAAUUGUUGUGGACCAAUAUUCUAAAUGUUACAAAUUAUAUAAAUAUGAUUUUAUUUUUUGCUUAGUAACUGUAUAAAUUAGAGUGAUUAUUUCCAGAGUUAUUGAUAUGUGUAUUUUUCUGUAUUAAAAAAAUAUAUAUACAGUAAAACUCCGCUUUAUGACCACUGACUUUACAACCCUCGCUUUACGACCGCUGGAUUUUGCAACCCUCGCUUUUACGCCUGAUACAAAUUUUCUAUUGUAAUUACAUAGCCAACAAAAAUUAUGGCACUUUAUCUCUAAGUGAUAUUAAAAGAAUUAAGGUUAAGUUUCUAGAAACUUAUUUUAAC